AUCGAUCGCUAUCGAUGAUAUUAGGUACCACUGAAACAAGGCAAGUCACGGCGAUUCAGAUUGUGUGUGAGAGAAGUCGGUAUUGUUGUGCAUAAACGCAGUAUAUUUUAAUUUUCAACAAUGUCGAUCAUGUCAUACAACGGUGGUGCCGUUCUGGCAAUGAAGGGCAAGAACUGUGUGGCCAUAGCAGCGGACAAAAGGUUUGGCAUUCAGGCUCAAACCCUGGCCCUCGAUUUUCAGAAAAUAUUUGAGAUGGGUCCACACCUGUUCAUUGGUCUGCCAGGACUAGCAACUGACACGCAGACUGUUCAUCAGCGACUCAGGUUCCGACUCAACCUGUAUGAGCUAAAGGAGAACAGACACAUCCACCCAAAGACAUUUGCUGCCAUGGUGUCGAACCUACUGUAUGAGAGACGAUUUGGACCUUAUUUUGUGGAACCCAUAGUUGCCGGACUGGAUCCCAAGACAUUUGAACCAUUCAUAUGCAGCAUGGACCUGAUUGGCUGUCCCAACAUGCCCGAGGACUUCAUUGUGGCAGGGACUUGCACAGAACAACUGUAUGGGAUGUGUGAGGCACUGUGGGAGCCCAACCUUGAGCCUGAUGACCUGUUUGAGACAAUAUCACAGGCUCUGAUCAAUGCUGUUGACAGGGAUGCCAUAUCUGGUUGGGGAGCUGUUGUUCACAUCAUUGAAAAAGACAAGAUCACCACCAAGACCCUGAAGACGAGGAUGGAUUGAGCCACAGCUUCAAGAAUAUGCUUUUUCCUUGUUUUAAGUUUUGUAUGAAAGUUCAAAUAAAUGUUGAUUCCUCAGAUGGCCUCA